AUGAGCAACUACGCCGUCACCCCCCCACCGGACCCUCGCCCGCCACUUCCCAUCCCCAAUAUCCCCCUCCUCCUCACCCGCCUCGGCGCCACCGCGGGCGCCCUCCUCCCCGCCGACCUCCUCAAAUCUUACCACACCUCCCUCCAGCACCCCGUCCUCACCCCCACACAAACCCAAAGCCUCCUCAACACCCUCCAAUCCACCACCACCAACUGGUCCACCCACUGGUUCCUCGAGAUCCUCCUCUCCACCCGCUGGCCCGUCCCAACCAGCACCCGCCUCACCCUCCUCCUCACCCUCCCACCCCCCCUCACAACCCGCACGCACAAGGUCGCCGCCCUCCUCCGCGCCGUUGCCGUCUGGACAAAGGAAUACAUCCUCCCCGGCGGCAGCGGCGUCUACAACACCGCCCAGCAACGCCUCGAAUGGCAGCUGCGUGGCCUCUGCACCGCCUUCCGCGUCCCAAUAACCGCGGAGACAUGUGCGCUGCAGUACGUAGACCCGGCGCUGGCGCGGCACGCGGUAGUGUGGCACCGGGGAUGCCCGUGGCGGGUCGAGCUCGUGGAUAGUGAGGGGGUUGUCUUCUCGGUGGAUGCUAUUGAUGCGCAGCUUCAAGAGGUGCUGGAGAGCCCUGUUGAGGCGCGGGCGGGGCCGUCGCUGGCGGCGGUGUCAUGGCGGCUGGAUCGGGCGGGGUGGUGCGUGCAGAGGGCGGCGUAUGCUGCGGUUGCGGGGAACGAGGGUGCGCUGGGGGUGCUGUAUGGGAGUCUUGUGAGUGUUGCGUUGGAGGAGGGGGUUGCGGAAGAGGGGUGGGCGGAGAGGCUGGAUGGUGUGAGGACGGGUGGGGGGAGCGAGAAUAGGUUUGCGGACCAGACGCUGACGGUGGUGUCGUAUUCGGAUGGUACAACGAGCCUCUCCUUCGACCACGCCCCCUCCGACUGCGGCCCCGCAAUGGAGCUCGCAACCCUCCUCGCGAACAUCGCCGCCACGCCCACCAGCACGCCCACCUCCCCACUCACUCCCCCCGCUCCCAUCAGAAUCCAUAUUCUCCCACCCCCGACCCUUCCCCAGCUCCCACCAGCCGUCGUAGAGCCCAUCCCCCGCACCGUAAAGGCACUCAUCCUCCCGCCCCCGCCCUCACCGCGCCUGACAGACACGCUCCUCAACCUCGCCCUCCAGGCCACCCUCAUCAAUAUCUCCCCCACAGGCACCAUACCACCCAUCUGGCAGCCCGUCCUGCUGCGCGACUUCCGUUAUGGACGGUGCGACGAGAUGAUGCCUGUUACGACUGAAUCCGUCGCUUUCGCGCGCCUUGUGCAUGCUGCGUGGGAAAGCGGUGUUGGCGAGGGAAGUGGCGGUGAGGAGGAGAUGAUGCAGCAGAUGCAGAACACUUUCAAAGCAGCCUGGCGCCGCCGGCGCGAGCUUAUAAAACAGACGCAGGACGGUCUCACGACGAAAUACUUCCAGCAGGGCUACCUGCACCCGUAUCUCGAGUCGGUCGCGCCGUCAAUUGAUACAGCUGUGCUGGACGUGUUUCGCGGUGUGAAUGGCGUGCCGGCGGUUCAGUUUACCGGCUUUGCCAUUGAUGAGGGGGAGGGGGGCGAGGAGGCGGGGGUGGAGGCGGGUCUGAGUAAUAUCUACAUGGAGGACCAGCUCGUGGUGUUUUAUCUGCAGCGGGCGGGGCGGGUGGUGGUUGUGUUUAGCGGGACGGGGGUGUGGCGGGGUGUGUUGGAGCGUGAGGGGGGCGGGUGUGUGCAGAGGGUGUUUGGCGGGUGUUAUGGGGUUGUUAAGAGGGUGGUGGAGAGGAUGGUUUUUUGA